CACAGGCGCUCACUAAUGGGAGCUGUUUACCUAGCACGAGGGGCGCUUAGAUUACCUUCACGAAUUCUCUCAGCGCGGCUGCAUCUCGCAUUCACCCGUUGCGACAAAAUAGUUGGCUUGCCACGUCAGCCUGCAAUCACCUACGGCAUGGCCAGCCGUAGCGCCGCGUUAGUCGCAUCAUGUCGUCAGAUCUCGUUUGUAUCAGCCCCGUUUGCAUCUUCCGUAGCAUCCCACGUCACUCCUAGACUAGGUGGCUCAUCUGGUCCCCUCUCUACCGCCUUAUCGGAAUGCAUAGGCAGGCGAGCAACGGCCAUGCAAUUCCGAGCCCCAGAACGCGCUGCCUCUUCACGGAUCGGGAAUUUAUCCAGCAUUCGCUUUAUCCAACAUUAUUCCACGGGAAGUGGUGUAUUUUCCAGCAUUCGUGCGUUUGCGUCCGCCUCCCGAUCCAGAUUCGAUUCGCCUCCAAGAUCUGCCAAAGGUCAACAGCAAAGCCGUCCCGGGUCCAUUCGUCCACGCUCCUCCCCCUCCCGCCAGUUGGCUUUUGGGUCGACUGAAAAGCCACCUAACCGUCGAGGGUUCGUUCGUGCCCAUGCCGCAUCCUCCCGCAAUGGGACCUUUGGGUCGGCUGAGAAGUCACCUAAUCGUCAAGGGUUCGGUCGCCCGCUCGCUUCGUCCUCUCGCGAUGGGACUUUCGGUUCGACUGGCAAGUCCUCCUCUCGCGAUGGGACUUAUGGGUCGAUGGAGAAGUCACCUAAGCGGUCAGGUUUCCUUAGUGCACGCGACGCGUCUCCCCGCCAGGCUGAUCCGGGGAAGCAUCGCCGAAAGGACGCGUUCGUUGCGAAAGGGGUGGGACGAGAGGGUUUUGGAAGGGCUGACGAAGAGCCGGAGCCACGUGAAGGAGGGAGAAGCAGGGGUUACGGUUUUAGCGGCAAUGACGAUCGCCGGGGGAGAGAGGGCUUUAGGAGCGGAGAGGUGGUGGAAGUGCUAGAAGCUACAGUGAUCGCCGUGGGAGAGAGGGGUUUAGGGGCGAGGAGGAUAGGAUGAGAGGUGAGAGUGCUGGAAGGUAUGAGGAGCGAGGUGGGAGGGAGGGCGUCAGGGGAGAGGGUUUUAGCCGAGAUGGUUUUGGUCGAGAGGGUUCUAGCCAAGAAGGUUUGAGGAGCGAGGGUUUUAGGCCAAAGGGUUUAAGGCGAGAGAGAUUUGGAAGUAGUGAGGGUCGCGGUAGCAGAGAGGGGUUUAGGAGAGAUAGUGAAGAUCGCUCUAGGGGAAGGGAAGUGGGGUUUCAGGGAGACGGGUUCAGGGGAGAGGGGUUUAGGGGAGAGGAAGGGUAUGAGAAGAGAGAGGGUAGGCGUGGUGUAGGGGCGUAUAGUAGGGCGAGCAGCGAGGAGAGGCAAAGUGACGUGAGCAGAUUCAGUAGCUAUGGGCGAAAGGAGCGGGCAGGUGGGGAGUCGCGAGCAGAGCGGGAGGGGAGGGGGAGCGGUGGCAGGAGAUGGGGAGCGGAUAGGCAGAGUGAGGGGGGAUUUGAAGGAGGAAGGGGGUGGGGAGGGCGGAGAGAGGGGGAGGGAGAAGGAAUGGAGGGGGACGGGCGGAGAGUUGGGGCCUCUGAGGUGGCGGCAUCUGAGGUGGCGGCAUCUGACGUGGCAGUUGAUGCUGCGGCUGGGGACGCAGUAGUAGAAGGGGCAAGGGAGGCGAGAGAGUGGGGAGAGAGAGGCGGGGGAAAGCGUGCGAGUGCAGCGAAAGAAUGGAAGAUGGGAGGGUUGGAGGUUGGGGAUAUGGGGGAGAGAGGAGGGUUGGAGGUUGGGGAUAUGGGGGAGAGAGGAGGGUUGGAGGUUGGGGAUAUGGGGGAGAGAGGAGGGUUGGAGGUUGGGGAUAUGGGGGAGAGAGGAGGGUUGGAGGUUGGGGAUAUGGGGGAGAGAGGAGGGUUGGAGGCUGGAGAGGUGGGAGCAGUGGAGGCGCAGGGUGAAAGGCUUGGCGCUGAAGGCGGAAAGGAAGCUGGUGGGGAGAGGAAUGCAAGGGGAGUGGCGGAGGGUGCAGUGCAGCAAGGGGGAGCAGAGGGAGGGGAGAGGAAUGGAAGGGGAGCGGCGGAGGGUGCGUUCCACGAGGGGAGAUUGGACGUCAGGGGGUGGGAUGACGUGUUUUUUGCUGACGUGGGCGUGACGUGGCAGGACCUGGGGUUGCAGCAGGAGGUGGGGGAGGCGAUGGGCAGGGCGGGCUUUGAGCGGCCGUCGGCCAUACAGGCUGGCGCUGUCCCCCAGAUACUAUCCGGAUCUGACGUGGUGGUGGCAGCCGAAACGGGCAGCGGGAAAACGCAUGCUUACCUGGCACCUCUGCUGAGUCACGUGCUGACGUGGCGGGAGGAGGAGAGGCAGAGGGAGUUGGCAGAGGAGGAAUCGGAGGGCAGGAGUGAGGAGUUGCGUGAGGGGAGGAGUGAGGGGGGUUUGGGAGAGGAGGGCGAGGAGAGGAGGAGGAAGAGAAGGGUGGGAGCUCGGAAGUUUGCUCUGGUGUUGUGCCCCAAUGCUGCUCUCUGCCGCCAGGUGAUGGAGAUGGCGCUCUCUCUUCGCUCGUCUGACAACCGCCCGUUGCUGGCAGUGGAGGCUGUGGUUGGCGGGCAGGGCUGGCCGACCUCCCCCCCUGACUUGGUAGUCGCCACCCCAGCCGCCCUUUUCAAUCAUCUCUUUGCCUUCGACCCAAAGCAGCGCCGCCGCUCCGCCUUUGUGCGGGAUGUAGCCUUGGUGGUAGUAGACGAGGCUGACAUGCUGCUAGGUGGGGGGUAUGCACGCAUCGUGGGGCGCCUGCUUGGCUUGUUUCGAUUGGACGAGAAGGAGCGGUCCGAGGCUGCCAGGCUGGCGGGCGGGUCUGCCACCCUGGCAGGGGGGGCUGCCAGGCUGGCAGGUCGGUCUGCCAGGCUGGCACAAGGAGAUGCUGCCAGGGUGGCAGGAGAGGAAGGAGAGGAGGAGGGGGAAGAGGUGCAUUGGACCGAGGUGGUUCCGGUGGUGGUGAGCCAGGGGAUGGCAGGGGUGAGGCAAGGUCUAGAGUCAGGGGAAGAGGCGCAAGGGGGAGGAGUGGAUUUGGGUUCAUCUGGUGCUGCUGCUGGUAACUUGUCUUCAGCUUCUGAUGCUUACAACCCCAAGAAGAGUGAGGAGGAGGGGGGGGAGGAGGGAGACGGGUACGGGGUGGCGGAUAGAGAGUGGAGUGAGGGGGUGGAGGGGGAGAAGCAGGGGGGGGAUCGGGCGUUACUAGAUGCAGCAGUGCGGUUGGGGGAGAGGGAGAGAGAAGGAGACAGAGCAGCGGGGAGAGCAGGGAAGGUUGUGGUGAGUGUGCGGGAGAACGAGAGGGAGGAGGAGAGGAGGAGGGGCAAGUGGGGGAGGAGGAGGAGGGAGUAUGAGCGCAGCAAGCGGUAUGUGUUUGUCGCGGCGACGAUGCCGACCGGCACCAAGAAGAGCGUUGGGGAGGUGCUGGCCCGGCAGUUCCCCGAGGCUGUGUGGGUCAGCGGAGGACUGUUGCACCGACACAACCCAUUUGUGCGCCACGAGUGGCAGCAGGUCGGGGACGACUCACGGGCCACCGUGCUUCUUGCUGCUCUGACAAGCCGAGCGUCGAAUCAGUCCGACAAUCAACGGCCGGAUGGGGACCAGCCUGAGAGCAUCCAACGGUCCAUGGUCUUUGCCAAUGAUGUGGAGUCGGUUGACGCCAUCGGCCGGCUUCUCCAGCGUCACCUGUCCUCGUCAGCUGCCGCCACGUCAGAAAGAGCUGCAGCUGAUGACGGGGUACGAGGUGGAGCUGCUGACGUGGCAGCAGGAGAAGUUGCUGACGUGGCGUGGUGCGCGGUGUACCACAAGGACGUGCCACUGGACGAGCGGGAGCGCGCCCUGAGAAGGUUCCAAGAAAGAGGGGGCGUGUUGGUGUGCACAGAUGCUGCAUCGAGGGGCAUUGACGUGGAGCACGUGUCACACGUGGUGCAGGCUGAGUUUGCUCUCAACACUGUGGACUUCUUGCAUCGCGUGGGCAGGACUGGCAGGGCAGGCAGGCCCGGCCGAGUCACGAGCCUGUACACAGCUGGCAGCGCGCCAUUGGCCGAGGCUGUGAGGGAGGCGGUGCAGAAGGGGGAGAGCACGGAGAGUGCGUUUAGCCGCAAGCGAAGUUUCCGCAAGAAGCUGAAGAAGUACGGUGGGAGGGAUUGAAGUGCGGUGGAAGGGAAUGAAGUGCGGUGGGAGGGAAUGAGGGAAGGUGGGAGGGUUGAGUACGGUGGGAGGAAUACUUGUGGAGGAAAAUUAACGAGUUAUGGGAGCAAGGUCGUACGAUUACCGUUUAGUGACUUGUUUGGAAAGCGAUCGAUCCUCUAGCUUUCGGUUUUUUUGGUCUAAGGAGGAAGGUGUCAUGGACUUGAAGCUAUAGCAAGCUCUUUAGCAAAUCAAGGUAUAUAUUCUUUCUUCUGAUUAUCCGCGGCGUAGAUAUUAUGUCGAAGUAGCUCUUAACGA